AGCAAUGAAAAAUUAAAUCAACCGAAACGGGCUUUUAUGUGAAAGAUUUUUUUUCACAAAACCAAUUAAUGCUACGAUUGUGAAAGCUCUGCGUCAAAGCAGCAUAUAAAAGGGGAAAUUGAAAGAAGCGAUGAAAGUAAAUGCAAUUGCAGUAUAACUGUAAGUGCGGACGUGAAAGGGGAAAGCCAAUAAAACGCCAAAGCCUUCAAAACAGAAAAACAGAAAAAAGUGCAAAGAGCAAAAACACCAACACGCAAUUUCAAGUGAGCUGCAGUGAAAAAGUAAUUAAAAACGAACUUUAACCCAAAUAGUGCAGUGAAGCAGCGACGCGACAGAGAAGGUGGGCGCCGACACGACCUACACACAUGGCACAUAUGCACGCUGAAGGAGGAAUGGACGAGUAUAUAUGUAUAUGUAUGUAUGUACAGUUAAGCGCAACAAACUUAAAUACAAUUUAGGAAGAAGCAUUAAAAAGCGGCAACAACAAAGGUUGAGCAAACAUUUGAAAAUCAUUGAAGUUAGCGUUGAGAAAAAAAACGGCACGAAGUGUGCUGAAAAAAAGUUGUAACCAAAAGAAAAAAAGACCGAGAGAACAAGUAAAGUGCUUAAAUAAGUUCCUUGUAGGUGUAUGUGUAUGGAAAUUCUAGCGCCAGAGCGUAUGUUUAGUAGUAUAGUCGAAGUAGCAGCAAAGAGGCGUAAGCGGCCAGGCGGCAUAAUAAAGACGGAGCGAAAACAAAAGCAAAAACAAAAACUGGAUUACUGUAAAAAGCAAGUGCAACAGCAAAAGCAAAUAACAGCAACAAGAUGCAGAAGGAAAAUAAUUCGACAGCGGAAAAUUGCCAAUUUGUGGGGCCAUACCGUCUGGAGAAGACGCUGGGCAAAGGACAAACGGGUCUGGUUAAGUUGGGCGUGCACUGUGUGCUCGGUCGUAAGGUGGCCAUUAAAAUAAUCAAUCGCGAGAAGCUCAGCGAGUCGGUAUUAAUGAAGGUGGAACGUGAAAUUGCAAUUAUGAAAUUGAUUGAUCAUCCACACGUCUUGGGAUUGAGCGAGGUUUAUGAAAAUAAGAAAUAUUUGUAUUUAAUAUUAGAACAUGUCUCUGGUGGCGAACUAUUCGAUUAUCUGGUGAAAAAAGGACGACUGACGCCGAAGGAGGCACGUAAAUUUUUCCGUCAAAUAAUCUCAGCGCUGGAUUUUUGUCACUCACAUUCAAUAUGUCAUCGAGAUUUGAAACCCGAAAAUUUGCUAUUGGACGAAAAGAACAACAUCAAAAUUGCCGACUUCGGAAUGGCUUCACUGCAACCGGCCGGUUCAAUGUUGGAAACCUCAUGUGGAUCGCCGCAUUAUGCAUGUCCCGAGGUCAUAAGGGGUGAAAAAUACGAUGGACGUAAGGCGGAUGUUUGGUCCUGUGGCGUUAUCCUGUAUGCGCUGUUGGUGGGCGCAUUGCCCUUCGAUGACGACAACUUACGCCAACUGUUGGAGAAAGUGAAGCGAGGAGUGUUUCACAUACCGCACUUUGUGCCGCCCGACUGUCAGAGUCUGUUGCGCGGCAUGAUUGAGGUGAAUCCGGAUCGACGACUGACGGUGAGUCAUCAUCGCGCAAUAAAAGUUGCACACAAAUACACACCGUUGUAUCCUGUUAUCGAUACUACAUCUGUGGCAAAAUUCCAUAUACACGAUGUGCGUAGUUAUGGCCUCUUUUUAAAUCCCGAUCCCGCCACAUUAGUAUACACACUUACCUUAAUUGUCAAGAGUCACAACACAGAGAAAGUAAUUUAUUUCCUACUCUUGGAUCGAAAACGAAGGCGGCCUGCCUUGGAAGACGACGACGAAAUCGCUCAAAAAUCACGUAGUGAAUUAGAUGCCGUAGAUCCGCCCAGAAAACGACUCGACACGUGUCGUAUAAAUGGUACGAACUCACCCAGUUAUGGACAAAUAUCGGAGGGUUCGCCGCUGACACCAAGACGGCAAGCGUUCAACUUCCGGUCCUACAGCAGUUCGCGUAAUCACCAGCGUCGCUCACCCACUUCGGUUUCCUCGGUGCGUUCAUCGUCAUAUCACAGUCCCACACGCUGCAAUUCGCCCAUCAAUUCGGCGCAACAGCAAGUCAAUGCUAUCUCACGUCCAUCCUCGCCAGCGGCCACAUCCGCCGGUCAUUCGUCCCGUCACUCUGCCUAUUCGAGUGAAUGUCGCGAGCGUUCCGGUUCGGUGCAACAUCAUCCGUCUGUAAGCCGCACACCAUCGCACUCCUCGCAAACAGGCGUUGAGGGUAUCAUUGGUGUUGGCAGUGGAAGUGGUGGCGGUGGCGGUGGUGUUGGCAGCGGUGCCGAUAGAGGUGACAGAGGUGACCGAGGUGGUGGUGGUGGUGGUGUCAGUGUCAACAGCAAUGGAGGUGGUUGCAGCAGUGAUGUCGUCGCGGUGCGUGAAGCACGCGAGGCGCGCGAACGUAGAGAUUCACGUAGUGAACGUCAAGCGGCGGUGCAGGCCAGCUGUGGUGGUGUGCCAGGUAGUCCAGGUGGUAGCGGUGGUGGCGGCGGUAGCAGUAGCGGCAGUGGUUCCACAGUGCAUCAUCGUGCCAAUUCUGGGCCAACCAUUGCGAUUAGCAUGUUUCACGAUCCGGAGGCGAAUAGUGUCAUGAAUCCUUCAACGUCACCGCUAAUGAACAACAGCUCGCCAGUGAUGUCCGGUUCGCCAUGCAAUGCGCCUGGUGGUCAAUUAUGGAAGACACGCCUCACGAAUAUCAAAAACAGUUUUCUGGGUAGUCCACGUUUUCAUCGAAGAAAGUUACAAGUGUCCGCAGAUGAGGUUCAUUUAACGCCUGAAUCAUCGCCAGAAUUGACCAAACGUUCUUGGUUUGGUAAUCUUAUAACAACGGAAAAGGAUGAGACUUUCACGAUUUUGGUGAAAGGCAAGCCAAUAGCGACUGUUAAAGCGCAUCUGAUACACGCGUUUUUGUCGAUGGCUGAGCUUUCGCAUAGCGUCGUUUCACCCACAUCGUUCCGUGUAGAAUAUAAACGUAAUGGUAAUGGACCUGUCAUGUUUCAAAGGCAUGUCAAGUUUCAGGUGGAUAUAAGCGCAAUUUGUAAACAAGGAGAUAUCUCGGAUAUGCUGUUUGCACUGACAUUCACUUUGUUAUCAGGUAAUAUUCGUCGUUUCCGUCGCAUCUGUGAACACAUACAAUCCCAAGUUUGUUCAAAACGAUUCCCUGGACCGAGUAGUCCACCCACAGUGGCUACAGUUACGCAAGCUGUGUCGGAAAGUUCGUCAUGUGGUUCGGUCUCCAGCGAACGUUUGUCCUAUAAACGUCAACAGAUUGAGAAUGAAAUUGAAAAUGACUCGAUAUUUGUUUUCAAAUCGGGCAAUGGUCGACGGGCAUCAACUACAAAUAAUAAUAAUGCACCACCGGCGGAUAUUGCACCCGGUAGUCCAAUAGCAGUGCGCUCUAAUUCCGAAACUGAGCAGCACGAACGCAAUCGUGAUUUGCAGAGUGAUCGUCAGGCGACAACAAUGUCAGGGAGUGCAAUAGCAUGAGAAUUAUUUCUCUGAUUUAGUUACAUUUUUAUAUAAAAGUAAUUUUUUUCCAAAAGCCACAAAAAAAUAAUAAAAAAUAACGCAAAACUAUAUCGAACUACAGUCUUACAAUUACAAAGUUACUUAACAAUAGAAUAAUUUAAUAAAUUGAAACACUUGAAGAAGUGCGAAUAAGGUUGAGUUUGUGUAAGAAAUGAUAAAAUUGGCUGAAAAUAAAAUGCUUUGAAUGUUUAUUUUUUAAUGAAACUAAUUGUUUAUAUUUAAUAGUUUAUCAUUAUUGCAUGUAAGCUUAGUUACUUUAAAGCUUUCUGUUGAAAGGGUUUUUUUUUGUAAUGUGAAACUCAAUUUAUUUCGGGACAAUAAGGAGAAAAUUUUAAUCAGUGAUAGACAGUAAAAGGCUUUUUUUUUGUGUGCGUUAGACAUGAAAAGCUUAAUAAGCUCUCCACACGUAAAAAGCUGGACUCACACUGAUUCAAAUUAAAAACGAAAUUUUCCAACACUACUGAGCUUAAUAAAACUAUUACUUGAAGCUUAUUUUUAAAUUAAAACCUUGUUUAGGAUCUUAAGCUUUUAAUUAUUAUUUUUUAAGAAAAUUACUUAAGUGCUUUAUACCAUUUAAUGAGUACCGUAACAUUGCAUUUGAUUUAUUUUCAACAAAUUAAAAAUUUGCCAUACCUUAUUUGAGAGCUUUCUUUUGAAGAUUUCAUAAAAUGUAUUUGUAUUACACAGCCAAGGCGGGUUACAAAAAAGAGUAAAAAAAUAAUAUGUACAUAUAUUAUAAAAAAAUUUUAUUAGAAAAACUCUUUAACUAUUUUAUAAAGAAGCUGAUAACAUACUAUUUUUUUUUAUGCACAACAACCACAAGCCUGAGUGCCAAAAGUUACUAAAAAUGUAUGUUACCAUAUGUUUCUAACUUUAAAAUCUUUUGAAAUUGUAUAGCUUUGAAGUUAAAAUAACGGCAAUAAAGAUUUUUAUGUAUGUGUAAUCAAACUUUUAGGUACUUUUUAAGGCUUUCCCAACCAAAUAUUUAUAAGAGCCUUUUUUGACUAACUGCUGAAGAAAGCUUUCAAAGUUUAAAGAUCUAAAUUUUAAUGGCGUGUGCGAGCGCUUUCUCAAGAGUAUUUGAGCACAAGCUGGCGUAUUUUUUUAUCAUAUUAAAGGAUAAGAAAGACAGAAACUUUCUGGCUUAAAGCUUAAAAGUAUCAAAUUAAACUGAAAAAAGCCAAACCCUCUUCGAAAGUUUAAUCUUAUGAUCUUACUUGCAAGAGUGAGGUUAUUUAAAUUCCCGUUGAGUAACUGAUUCGAAGAGAGUUAAAUUGUGUCAGAUAACGGGAUCUUUUGUCCUAUAGAAAGCUUGAACCACAAGGCUGGAUAAGUUCCCAUAUUAUAUAAGCUUUCAAUAAAUCGUCGGGAAGUAUUGUUUUUUUAAUAAUGUAUCACUGUUAUGCCCAGGGAGAAUUUUCGCUCUGAGCACAUCUACAUGAGUACCUAUCAAUGAGAGCUUUUUCUGUUUAAAAUUUAAACAAAGGUUUAACAAUCUUUUCCGGCAUAAAAUUCCUUCUUUGGAACGGGUCUAUAUAAAACUCAAAUAGAUCUUAAAGAAGCUUGAUAAUCCGCAUUUCGGGUUUUGAGAACUUAUGUGUGAUAAUGGAAAUGAGCCCCAUUGAAAGUUAUGCUAAAUUUUUUUAAUAAAUUGUCGAAUGGCUUUCAAAAAAGAUUUUGAAUUUUUUAAGC